UAGCUUCCCUUUCCUCUUAUUGGGUUCACAUUUCUUUCUUCCAUUUCAGGGUCGAUUGAUUCUUCGCUUCUGAUCCACCAACACGAGGCAAUCAUGGCAGGAGAGUCUUCAGCUGAGUUUCAAGACUGGGAGGUCCUAGUCAACUCGGACGCUGACCUGAUUAAUUCGCCAAAUUCCCCCAAUAAUUCCAGGACUUUGGAUGAAAUUGAGGCUGAUUCUGAAGGUGUGCUCAAGUUAGAUUACUUCUCCCUUGAUAAUGAUAGCCGUUAUGCCAAAACUGUUGUUGAUGCCAGUGAAGAGGGUUCUGUGGAGUCUGAUAAUCCCAGUUGGAUUGAUCCUGGGCCGGAACCUCGGUAUCAGAGGAGGAAUUCGGGCGAGUUCUGGUCCGAUUCGGGUAGUGAUCGGUCUGAUGAGAGGAAAUUUAGUGAUUCUGAUGUGAAAAACGAAUUGGGUAUUGUGGAAAACGUGAAAACCGAAGUUGGUUUUGAAGGGAUUAGAGAAAUUGAAGGUAAAGAUGGCAAGGAAGGGAAAUUUGAGUCUCCUGAGGGUAAUUUUAGUAAUAUGGUGAGUAAAAAUGAAAUAAGCUUUGAUGAGAAGUUCUUGCCUGAUUCAAGUGGUGAGUACCUGGUUUUUGGUGAUAUUGGGAAGGUGAAUGAGGGUUCUGAGUUUAUGGGUGAGUCCAACACUGAAAAUGCGCCCAAAGAGGAAAGUUCUAACGUUGUUGCAGCUGGAGAAAGAAAACCUGUUGGUAAUGAGGAGAACAGGAAGACAGUGUGGUGGAAGGUUCCUUUUGAAUUAUUGAAAUAUUGUCUUUUUAGGGUCGGUCCGGUUUGGUCUUUCUCCAUGGCUGCAGCUGUAAUGGGAUUUGUUAUCCUGGGACGGAGAUUGUACAAGAUGAAGCGCAAGACAAGGAGCUUGCCACUUAAGGUUACUGUUGAUGAUAAGAAGGUGUCUCAGUUUGUGAGUCGUGCUGGACGCCUUAAUGAAGCAUUUUCGGUUGUGAGACGGGUACCCAUAGUACGACCACUAUUACCUUCAUCAGGGGUAAAUUCAUGGCCUAUGAUGACUCUGAGAUAAAGAUAUUGUUAUGGAGAAGGGUUAAUGGAGAAGCAUUAUGUGAACAUAUUUGGGAUUUAAUGUUCAUAUUUCUUUUCUCUGUAAGUAAUCCGAAUGUUUUAAAUUUCCUUCUCUCUAUGAACUUGUUUAAAUGCGUGUAUAAAUGCCAGAUGGGGAUAUUGUAUAAGGUCAAAGAUGGUGUCCUGUAUUGUUCUGAGCUACUUCCCUCACCUCUUCUCGUCAUGUCGUGUAAUCAGCAUUGUAAGGUUUGUACUUUGAAAGAAAUGGAAUGUAAUGAUAAUGUAGUAAAUUUCUAUUCUA